GUUUUCGUUGCGUUUGUCGGGUGAACGACGGCGGGCCGCCGUGGGUUGUUUUUAAGGCAAAGAUGUGCAUGAAUUGUCAAUGGUCCUAAGUCAUAUGCAGUUGGUGGUUGGGCAAGUCAUCACUUGAAAAUUGGAUGGCGGACUUGGCAGGCUUUGACUUGGAGAGCUGUCCUCGCGCAAUUAAUUGCAGUCUUUUAGGAUUCGAGUGACACCACGGCACAUUAAAACAUCUUCACGUUAUCAUCAUUGCACCAGGCGCAGGUAGCUUCAGACCUGUGCUGUUAGCCAACGCUCGCGCGCGUAGGGCGACAUCAAGAAAACGUUGUUUCCACAAAUUGCGCGUGGAAAGGCUGGGCCGUUUUUGGCUGCCGUUGGCCCAUGGCGGAGUUUCAAUGUCGGUUUUGCUUGGCGACCUUUCUUUCCAAAAACCAAUUGUUCCGCCACUUGCGUGAGUCCCACGGGGCCCCCGACUCCGAACGGGCCGAAGCCCCAAAACCAUUCCUGGGGCGUCCAGACCGCAACGUGCGGCCAAUGCUGCUUGGAGAUCCUAUCCGGGUGAGUAGCCCUGAUAUGCCGAGGUCGAUCCUCGACGCCUUCAACCGCAGGGCCCGCCAGGAGCCUCCCAUUCUCCGCAUGCCAAGUCGGAAGUUGCGGGAAGAGGUGCCAUGGGACGAGAUUAAAUUCGCAUGGGAGAAGGGCCUGCUGUGGGGGAUUUCCGUUGGCACCAAGAACACCUUCCAAAAGGAAGAUCAGGAACGAUGGCUGGAGAUGCUAGAAAGCAGCAACACCGAAGAGCGCGAUAUACUGCUCUCGCCCUUGCAGCCAGAGCUGAACCCAGAUCUGUUGGUGGUGGCCCUUCGCAUGUUGAAAGUAGCGACCUACCAUGAUCUCUUUCGCUUCGCUCGGGGCACGUGGAAUGGCCAAGACGGCGCUGACAAGUGGAAAGCUUGUGCGGAGCAAUCUUUGGAGAGGGUGCGAAUCAGAUCCCUCAGGCCUGGGUGCGCAGAGGUCAAAUUGAAGGAGGUGGAAAGUGGUGCGUCCAAGCUGGACCUGUUCAAUUACGAGGCUUUUACCUUCAGUUUCUUGCAGAGGGUGAAUGGGGAGACCUUCCAGUGUCUAGGGAGCAUUGCGGAAUCCAUGUACCACUUCACUGAGCAGUGUCCAGUGCACGUUUCCGUGUGCUACGACCUCAUCCAAAAGGCCAUCCAAUCGGGAGACAUCGUGCCGUUAAGCAACGGCUAUGAUGGUCGAGAUAGCCGUUUGAGGGUGACUUUGGCGUCGAAUCGAGAUCCUCAGAUUCGUGUCUUGUGGCGUGAGCGCUCAGGUGCUUCGAGCAACGGUGAUGAGAGGGUUCCGGAAGACCAUGUCCACAAUCAGAGACGUAUCCGUGAGGUGCCUCUGGACAGUCUGGUUCCUACCGCGGCAUCGCAUCAAGCAGCUGAAUGCCAACAGACUUAUGGGGGAUCCUUUGUUCGGGGUCUUUGCAAGAAUUGGAUGCGAAACUCCUGUCACUGGGGAGACGAGUGCAAAUACGUCCACCUUCAGGAAACACCCAGGAAUGGAUGUCCUUUGCCGGAUGGGCUUGCAGAAGCAUGUGCCAUCAGUGACGCAGAGUUGAAAGAUGCCCUGUGGAAGAACAUGAAGAAGGGACAUUUGAGAACUCCACUACUGGAGCUGCUCGACAGCUUGCGGAAAAAGCGGGAUGACCAAGAGAUCUUCCAAAUGCUCCAGGAUGAGAUUCGCAAAGAGAAUCUGGUGCUCCUGGUGGCAGCUUCCUCUGCUGAAAAGGCCUACUACUGGCAAAAUGAGGUGCUGCAGCAUGUGGCUUCAGCCAUUCAUGACAGCGAAGUGUGUGUCUUAGUGUCCCCCGUCUUGCGAAAGCCACCCGCAUCUUUGAUGGAAUGCCUCAUGGCGCAUUGCCGACAGGAGCUUCUGUCGCCUUCCUACCUACAUCUCCGGAGGGUUUGCUUCUCCUGCUUCGCCCUGCGAAUCCAGUCUGAUGGCAUUACCAAGCUUGCCAAGUACGUUGGCUAUUUUGUCAACCGCCCCGACCACACGAAACAGAAAAGUUCCUGGAAAGUCUGUUGCCAUGGAAUCAAAUUCCAGAACAAGUGGGCGCCAAGCUAUAACAUUGCUCAGCGCAAGCAGGACAUGGAGAGUUUUAUAGGAAGUUCAUUCAGGGUUGCACACAAUGACAUAGGCAUGUAAAGGGCACAAAGGUAGAAAAACGCGCUUUUGUAUACAUGUAACACAACCUACAGCCAGACAUAUCCUCCACAAAGGUAGAAAAGUUUGGUUGAUGCCGUGAUGCCCAUUAAUUGUAUAGCCAACUAUUUCACUGCUAGCGCCAUACCUCCUCACGGGCUGCUUUUCGAGAAACUAAAUCUAGGUGAUGG